CUUAAGUCCUGUUUCUUGUUCGGAAACAUGAUAACAUCGAGGUUUUAGAUCCUGGUUAUGGCCAAUAUAAGGAGGUGAAAACGUUCCGAGUACCAGUUCGCUUAUGUGGAACCCUGGGCAGUAGUAUUUUUCACUCUGGAGUGCAUACUUGGACACGUUUCUUAAUCAACAGUCGGUGAAAGUCGAAUUCUUCUGUGAUAUCCACCAAGAUGGCCAUGUACGGACUCCUUGGUGCCAUACUAGCUGUCUUGAUCGGGAUGGCCUGGGCCCAGCACUGCUCGGAGCGGCCAGGGGGCUGCUGCCCCGGCCGUAAUGAUGCAUGUACGGCUCCGGGGACGUCCUGUUUUUGCGACGAUUACUGUCAGCAGGCUUCUGAUUGCUGCUCCGAUUUCCCCAGCGGCUGCACCAAUCCAACCACGAGCUCUGCAACCACCACGGCUCAGCCAACUACCAGCUCUCCACCAACCACAGCUUUGCCAACUACGGCAUCGGGCAUUUGCGGUUCGACUGUCCAAUCACUGGCCUGUCAGGUCCAGAGCGACAGCCGUAUUACUCUGCUAAAUGUCAACCCCUCCGGGGUCAAUGAUGGAGCAGAUGCCAAAUCCAACAUCAAGGACACGUGCGAUGGUGGAGAAGCGAGGAGGUCAAGCUAUUGUUGCACGUUGAGCGGUGGCAAGACGGGAUGCUCGCCAGGAGGUUCGAUCUGUCUGAGUGAAGACGUGUUGCAGUACCUACUUGAGCUGGCGAACUCGGGCGCCAGCUUUCAGGUCAAUUCCAUUGCUGGUGCUUGUCACUCCAACACGUCUUACCACUAUCAGGGUACCGCGGUGGACCUGCAGGUAUUUGACGAGUCCUCGCACGUUGCCUGGAUGAACAGGUGCGCAUCCAUGGGAGCCGUGGAGAACAAGGGUCCAGGCGACCGUGGCCAUAGCACCCACACCCACUGCGCCUUCUAAACUUAGGUUACCAGUUUUUGGCAUCCUGCGUAGUUGCCAAAGUACCAGCGAUUCAGUCCUUUUUGCCUGUUGGACGAUUGGCUUAACUGCAACAAUAAAGUUCCAGCACUCGUUCACGUAUUCGAGUUUGCCGUAGUGUUCUUUCGAAUUCGUAACUUGGCUAAGCCUCAGUUUCACGAUCACUGUCCUGUAGCUGGGGCGUAACACAUAGCGUAUUGAUAGUUGUUGCUUCAUUAACAUGAGAGUGGUGAACUCGUUCAUAGGUAAUAGCCGCAGCUUUCGACAGACGUUGUGUGCUAGCAAUGAUAGGCCUAGAUACGAACGAUUUAAGAUCUUUAUAAUUACAGGGUUUUUUUAGAGGCCUUGAUCUAGCUCUGCUCGAGUUUCGGUCACUUUAAUUUUAUGUGGUAGCAUUUUCCGUUAGCGAAAGAAAACCUGCUUCCCCAAAAUACAUGUAAUGUGUUAGGAGGCUUUUACUUUUUUAUUUAUUUUUUUUACAACAUUUAUCUGUACUGUUUACUUGUUUUGACGACCUUUUUUUCCUUCGUAACGGUCCUUCACUUGCGAAUGCUGACAUCAUAACCCAGAAAAUAACGUCUGGAAACCAUAUACGUGUAUUUUUUUCUUUGAGGCAUUGCAUAUACAUGCAGUUUAACCAGUCAAUGAGACUGAAUCGCUCGUACGAUAUCACUCAACCGAUCUUUCUCUAUGUAUCUCUUUAAGUAGUUUUCCAGAAAACGUGUCAAUUAUUUCAUUUGUUUUUAUUUAUCGUCGUAUUUUUGGACUCUUGCCAGUGAUGUGUUGAAGAAUAGUAAUGGCACCUCUCUUUUCAUCAGUACAAAAGUGACUAUAUUUCCAGGUAAAGUUCAUCAAGUGGUGAUUAUACGUAAUGGAAGAGACAU